ACAAAUACCCACCUCCACCCACCCCCACCCAACCUUCUUCUCUCUCUCUGGACGACUCGAUGAGACCCAGCAGCAACGCCAACAGAGGAGCCUGACCGGAAAAUAACGACUACCAGAAGAAGAGAAACAGAAGAAAUGGGCAAGUACAUGAGGAAGUCCAAGCCCACCGGUGACGUGGCGGUCAUGGAAGUCACACAGGCCGCCUCUCUCGGGGUUCGCACCAGAGCCAAGACCCUAGCUCUCCAGCGCUCCACCUCCUCCUAUCUCCAGCUCCGCAGCCGCCGCCUCGAGAAGCCUCCUAUUCACGUCCCCAAGAGGCACCACCACCACCCCAAGCAGCAGCCCUCGCCGCCGAAGCCCGAAAAAGUCGCCGAGGAAUUGUCGCCGCCGAAAGCGGAGGAGGAGGAGGAGGACAAUAAUGAGUUAGGUGGCGGCGGAGAAAAUCACGGCGAAGAUGAAGAAGAAGCUUCGUUCGGUGAGAAUGUGCUCGAGUUCGAAGGUAGAGAGAGAAGCACUAGGGAAUCCACGCCUUGCAGCUUGAUAAGGGACCCAGACACCAUCAGAACCCCUGGUUCUACUACGAGGCCUACUGAUUCAGCUGAUACUAACAGGAGAAUACAGAACUCAUCACAGAGACACAUACCAACAGCACAUGACAUGGAUGAGUUCUUUGCUGGUGCUGAAGAAGAGCAGCAGAAGCAAUUCGUUGACAAAUACAACUUUGACCCUGUGAAUGAUAAUCCGCUACCAGGACGGUAUGAAUGGCAGAAAUUGGAUCCUUAGAAGACACACUAGCUCUCUGACAGGAGACUUCCUUUCCUGCUCAUUAUGGGUUGAUCUUGGGCUUAGGAUAUCUAAACUAGCAGGUUUUAGUUUUUAGUAGUUGUGGUGAUGGUGUUAUUUCGAUUUUCCGUCGCCCUUCUUUUACUUGUAAAGAAUUAGGACUGGCUGAGAUGUGUAGAUUAAUGGUCUGUAACAUAACAAUAUGUUAUGAGUACACAACAAAUACAAAGCCCUUUGUCUAACAGAUCAUGUGGGAGAAGAGGAAGGGAAUUGAAGAGGGUAGGGGAUGUAGUAGGGUUUAGGGUUAGGUUCAGUCGAUUAGGUGAUCAGUCUAUGUGGUACAGAAACUUACUUAGAUUGGUCCUCUUUUUCUCUUGCACUGUAAUUUCUUCUUCCCUUCUUUGUCUAUACUUGUACUGAUGCAACUUUAACUUUUGGAAUAAAUAUCACCCUUUUCCCCUCA